CCCGGCCGCUCCAAACCUCCCUCCUCCGAGCAAAUAGCCUUGUCCCCCCGCAACCCAACGGCUCUGCCAAAACAGCAUUCCAACUCUUCUCGUCCCCGUCCCGUCCGACUAUUGUAGCUUUGUGACCUUCUGCGAAGGAUCACCCAAACUUCGUCUCCGCUCAUCAUGGCGGCCAACGACUACUACAACAACCAGCCUUACGAUGACUUUCACCAUGCAGGUCCUCAGAGCUCUGGCGCUCUUGGAGGAGUAGGAGGAGGCAGGCAACACGAUGCGCACGACAUAUCUCCAGUAGCAUCGCCCUUUGAUGACAGGAAUCAAGCAUACAGUCACCAACAUCCUGAUAUCAGCCAUCAGCCUAGCCUACAGACUAUGGACUCGUCGUAUCAUGGCGCCGCCGGUAAUCCCUACGCAACACCUUCUCCGUACAAUCACAGUUCCGAUCCCUUUGCCGACCAAAACGCGAUUCCACUUCACGCUGCUUCAAGCCAAGCGCCCUUGAACCCCAAGGACGGGAAUGGCGUCUAUGGGGUCGACGCGGAAGGCCAGAGCAAGAAUCGCGGUCAAAGGGGAAACAACGGCAGAUAUGUGCGGAAGAAGGAAGGCUGGUUCACGGGAAAGAUUACAUAUGUGUGCUUUACUCUCACUUUGGUGCAGAUUGGCGUCUUCAUUGGUGCGCUGAUCAAGAAUGCUGUUGCAACUGGAACGCCCAUCAUGAUCAAGCCCAGCUUCAACUUCAUGAUCGGUCCCUCGCCAUGGACGCUCAUCAACAUGGGCUCCAGAUAUACGCCUUGUAUGCACAACCUCGUCAACGUUACCGGCAGGGACCCUCCCGUCAGUUGGCCAUGUCCCAACGCAACAUCCCUCACCGGACCCUUCUGCAGCCUGAGCGAGCUGUGUGGCUUCGGGGGCUUCCCAACACAACCCCCUGGCACCGCUGUCGAUGACAGAAGCCAGGAGCCAAACCAGUGGUGGCGCUUCAUCGUGCCCAUUUUCUUACACGUCGGCAUCAUACACAUCGCGUUCAACAUGCUCCUCCAGAUGACGCUAGGGCGCGACAUGGAAAAACAAGUCGGCAGCAUCCGCUUCGCCCUCGUAUAUUUCAGCAGCGGCAUCUUCGGUUUCGUCCUGGGCGGAAACUACGCCGCGCCGCUGCUCUCCUCCGUCGGCGCAUCCGGCGCCAUAUUCGGAAUCAUAGGUCUCGUUCUGCUUGACAUUCUCUACACCUGGAAAGACCGCCCAAGUCCCGUCAAAGACCUCCUCUUCCUCAUGCUCGACAUCAUCGUCAUGAUCAUCCUCGGAUUCCUCCCCGGUCUGGACAACUUCAGCCAUAUCGGUGGCCUGCUCAUGGGCAUCGUGCUAGGCAUAUGUAUCCUACACUCCCCCAACGUGCUCCGCGCCCGCACAGGCGAAGACGAACCCCCAUACGCCGCCGUCAGCAGAAACGCGCAGGACGACGAGCCAGCCAUCAAGGCAUUCGUGCGUCAGCCACUCGGCUUCUUCGCCGGCCGCAAGCCGCUCUGGUGGGCGUGGUGGCUGUUCCGCGCCGGCGCGCUCGUCGCCGUGCUGAUUGGAUUCAUCCUCCUGCUGCGCAACUUUUAUGUUGAUCGUAACGAGUGCCAGUGGUGUCGGAAGUUGUGCAUUCCGAUUAAGAAUUGGUGUGAACAGGGGAAUGCACCCGAGGUUCAGGUGUCGAAUCAGACGAAGCGGGAGUUGUUGUUUGGGAUGGAUGCCGAGUGGGUUGGGAUGGGAUGGGGGGUAUGACGGUGUUGUGGUAGGGAGAGGCAUACCAUAUCGUCUGGUAUCUGGUAUGAGGAGAUGUUUUGAGGGUGUUUUGUUUUGUUUACGUCGUACCGACAUGAUGCGGUUCUAUACCCACCCCACCAGACUACUCGGGCAACAGUGCAAACAGUAUCGAACUUGUUGUUUUGUUGGGGAGAUUUAUCAGCAUCGGCAUCGGUCAUCGGUCAUCGGUCAUCAUACUCAUACUCAUAC